AUGGAAAGCCAGGAGCAGGAGAACAAGUCCAGAGUGGUGAAGAUUGAGUCAAAGGAGUCAUGGGAGUCCUAUCUCUCCCAAUCCACCAAUCAAGGCACCCCUAAGUCAGUGACAGCCCAACAAAUUGGUUCUGGUCUACGUGGCCUAGGCAUAGGCUCGUUUGCGCUUGAUUGGUCAACAGUUGCUGGUUUCGUAGGAAGUCCUUUAGCCACUCCUGGAUUUGCCAUCAUGAACAUACUGGUCAGUUACAUAGUAUUUGUGUACAUAGUUAUCCCCACUGCUUACUGGACCAACUUGUUUGGAGCAAAGCGAUUUCCAAUUGUUUCUGCGCAUGUGUUCAACGAUGAAGGAGGACUCUACAAUGUCUCCUUAGUUUUGAACGAUCCAACCUUCCAUUUCAAUCGACAAGGAUAUGAUAGUUACAGCAAAGUUAAUCUAAGUAUUGUAUUUGUAUUCUCUUAUGGUUUAAGGUUUGCAGCAUUGGCUGCUACAUUAUCUCAUGUUGCACUCUUCUAUGGGAGGUAUGUCUAUAUCUUUUCCCCUCAUAUGAUCGAAUAA